AUGUUGUUUCUCUCCCACACACUCAUAAUAAAACGCAAACCCUCCUCAAUCGUUACCUCACUAACUUUACUGUCAUUCAUAUCGCUCACAACUGCUCAACAAGCUCUAGCAUCCUCUUCGACCUCUAAAGCUACCCUCGAUAGACUGAAAGUAGAAGUCACUACUGAAACUUCGUUGCGAACUGACUCACCAAAAGUCGAACGUCGAUUCACUCAACAUCAGUACAUCUUUACCUCAAUCCAACGACCUUCAUCUACGUACUUCUUACCUCAGCCUUCACAGUCUAUCACCACUGAAACGACCACUCAAGUGGUGUAUUUACCUGUGCAACCAACGACUUCCGGACCAUCUCAAUUCCUACAUCCCCUAGCUAUUAUCCUCAUCCUCUGCUCGAUCUUAGGAUUCAUCUCUACACUUAUCAACCUCCCAUUCGCCACAUUCGCCAUGUCCUCUUCAUCAUCUGCUAAACCCUCUUCCUCUUCCUCUAAACCAUCCUCCUCCUCCUCUUCUUCAUCACGUCCAUCAUCUUCAUCUUCCGGAUCGGGAAGUUCGUCCUCGUCCUCUUCGUCAUCUAAACCUCCCCCGGCUCCUCAGCCUGUACCCACCAUCUCAGCAAACGCAUGGAUGUCUUUUUUCCUGUUUUGCUGUUUGGUCCUGAUCAUCCUCCAGGGUCCACUGGGCUUAACAGGAGGGAACAUCCUCCCUUCUUUCUCUACCAUUCCUUCAUUUGGGUAUGGGUAUGGGUACGGGGGCAUGCCGGGUUGUGCAGGUAUGGUAAGUACCUAUGUACCUUGGUGUCAACAAGAAUCUGUGCCACAGACAGUUCAGCAACCGUCUCAGAUCCAAGUACAGCAGGUGGUACAGAACACUCCUGGUGGUUAUGGAGUUGGUCCUGGUGCGAUGGCUGCUCCACAGUAUCAGAUGGGUGGACAAGGUGGGUUUGCAUCGCCUCAUGGUGGUGGAGGAUGGAGCUGGUAUAGUAAUGCUGGAUCAGUGGGCGGUCCAGUAGUGAGACAACAGCCAGGCUACUACCCUGCCCAGCAACGUACUGUCCAAUACCAACGCCCAGGCCUUCAAAUCCAAAUUAACAAUGCUCGGGGUGGUAACACAGCUGUGCCACAACAUGUUGCUCCUCAAUGUUACUAUAACACCUGUCCAACUGACCAACAUCGUUUUCAAUACCGAUUACCUUAUGGUUACACCACGUCUAAUCGAUGUACACCUUGGCAACCUUGGAAUUGCAACUACCUACCCCCCAUAUUCGCUUAUGCCCAUUCAUUGCCUUCACCUCCGAUUCCCAUCGGUAAUGGAAAGAAUCUUCCUAUAGGUGGCGACAGUAAUGUGUAUAUCCAAAGUCAACAUGUCGGAUCUGGUCCAGUAAUUCAACCUCAACCUAUACAGGCUAUACCUGCUGUGCCCGUUACCCCCCCACCUCAACCUAUUCUCCCGCCUCCCUCAGCAAUAGCAAGCAUAUCCAACCUAGAAAAUGCCUUUUAUCCUUUAUUGGUUGCAGCCAUAGCGUUAUUGGUGGUAUUCGAUUAUGCCUCUCAAUCGCGGUAG